UAAUCCCAAAAAACCCUAGUGACCAGUGGGAAAAUGAAUCUGAGCCGUUUUUCUGAUCAUCUCUUAGCUCACUAACAGUUCUAGGGUUUAUAUAUCAUUCUCCUCCAUCUCUGUAAUUCGGUAGCCGUUUCUUCUUCUUUCACUUCCUUCUUGCACCCCAGCUUCAACAAUGGCCUUUGUGAAGGCUCAGAAGACCAAGGCUUACUUCAAGAGGUUCCAGGUCAAGUACAAGAGAAGAAGAGAGGGGAAGACCGAUUACAGGGCAAGGAUUUGAUUGAUUAACCAGGAUAAGAACAAGUACAACACUCCAAAGUAUCGCUUUGUUGUGAGAUUUACUAACAAGGAUAUCAUUGCACAAAUAGUAUCAGCCAGUAUUAUCGGUGAUUCAGUUCUUGCUUCAGCAUAUGCCCAUGAGUUACCUAUCUAUGGGCUUGAAGUAGGUCUUACAAACUAUGCUGCAGUAGCCGUUUCUUCUUCUUUCACUUCCUUCUCGCACCCCAGCUUCAACAAUGGCCUUUUGGUUCAAAGCUCUCUAAUCAGCCAGAACCUCUUCUUCGCUCAAAGCUCUCAUACAUUUUCUCAGAACAGCAAAAGCCGUGAGCAAGAUUUUCCUUCAAUUUCUCACUAAUUGUCCCGCAAACAAUAACUUCGUCAGCAAUGACCGGCAAAUCUCAGCCAUAUUCAUGGACUCGACUGCUUUUCAACCAAUCCCUCAGAAACCCUACUAAAGCCCCUCUUUUAUCUUCCUGGAAAAUCUCAACUUUCCCGCAUUUUCCCACCAGCCAAACACCCCAAAUCCCUAUUCCACCAAAUACCCAACUCCCAAAUGCAUCCCAACGAAACCCCACCAAACCCAUUUUCUCAUUUUCUCGGAAAGUCUCAACUUUUGGUCUCUUUCGCACAAACCAAACGCCAAGAAGCCAUUUUUCCACUUAUUCCAGAGCCGCUCAAGAGCUGAUUGCGGAGCUUGAGCGCGAGAAGCAGAGAGAGAGAGAGGCGUGGAAGAAGGCUGGAUUGGAUACCAAAGAUAUUGAUGCAGAAGAUGAGGAGGAUUACAUGGGUGUGGGGCCUUUGAUAGAGAAGCUUGAGAAGGAGAAAUUGAAGAUCACUGAGGACUUGAACUUGUAUGAAGAGCCCACGGAUUCGGAGAGUGAUGAAGAUGAUGAGAGGUUCUCAAGAGAUGCAGUGAAUAAGAGAUUUCAGUUGUUUGAGAAGAAGUUUAAAAGGCAUGAAGAGUUGCUUCAUGGCUUCGCUGAUGCCGAGACGCUUGAUGAAGCUUUCAAGUGGAUGAACAAAAUUGACAAAUUUGAGCAAAAGCAUUUUGCUCUUCGCCCUGAAUACAGGGUCAUUGGUGACUUGAUGAAUCGUCUGAAAGUUGCUGAAGGCAAGGAUAAAUUCAUCCUUCAACAAAAGCUUAAUAGAGCUAUGAGGUUGGUGGAAUGGAAGGAAGCUUAUGAUCCAAAUAAUCCUGCCAAUUAUGGAGUAGUGCGUCAUGAGCAGGUUGGUCCAGAUGUUGAGGCCUUUAACGAUUCUGGAUUUGAACAACAGAAGAGAAUGAUACAAGGUGGGGUUGAUGAAGAUGAGAUAGAGUUUGAUGACAUGAAAGAGAGAGAUGAUAUGUUGCUAGAACAACUCAAUGCUAUUGACAAGAAACUUGAAGAGAAGCUAGCUGAGUUGGACCAUACAUUUGGAAAGAAAGGAAAGCUUCUAGAGGAAGAGAUUAGAGAUCUAGCAGGGGAGAGAAACUCUUUGACGGAGAAGAAAAGAAGACCUCUAUAUAGAAAAGGAUUUGAUGUUAAACUAAUAGAUGUUAAUAGAACUUGUAAAGUUACCAAGGGAGGGCAAGUGGUCAAAUACACUGUUAUGUUAGCUUGUGGGAACUUUCACGGUGUUAUUGGGUUUGCCAAAGCCAAAGGCCCAAAAGUUCCUGUUGCUCUUCAGAAGGCAUAUGAGAAAUGCUUCCAAAAUCUCCACUAUGUGGAGCGACACGAGGAUCAUACAAUUGCACAUGCGAUACAGACAGAAUACAAGAAAACUAAGGUGUAUUUGUGGCCUGCGCCAACUACAACGGGUAUGAAAGCUGGAAGAACUGUCCAAACAAUUCUGAAUUUAGCUGGAUUCAAAAAUGUGAAAUCUAAGGUUGUCGGCUCAAGGAAUCCACAUAAUACUGUGAAGGCACUAUUCAAAGCAUUGAAUGCUAUUGAAACUCCAAAGGAUGUGCAAGAGAAGUUUGGUCGGACUGUUGUGGAGAAGUACCUGCUAUGAUCAUUGUGCUUGAUACCUUUCCGUGUAAUUUUCCAAUAGAAAUUACGAAUUGGUUGAGAAAAUGAAAAAUUUUUGUCUCAUUGUCAAUUUUUCUUCCGGUAAACAAGGUAGGUGUUUUUGCUACAACAGUUACGGUCUCAAAUUUGGUUCUGUUGACAGUUUUACCAAUAAAAUCAGUCACAAGGAAGCUUGUAGUUUAGCUUCUUCAGAAAA